GGGCGAUUAACAUCCGACAUUCCUCCAAAUAAAAUAAUCUUAUUUGGAAGGAUUGUUGCCCUAGAAAUAGGCCUUGCUACACUCGAAUGAGAAUUUUAAUGGAGCUUCAAUAUAGAUACUCUCUCUCUCUAUAUAUAUAUAAGGUCCUUCAAGAUUCUUUGUGAGUUUGGAUUCUGCUCUUUGUAAUUGAAGUAUCAAAAGUGCUUAAAUGGGUUGGAAAGAUAAGAUCAGGACUCUGUUUCAGGGAAAUACAAAUGAGAUUGAGCGCGGAUGUGGACAUACUAUUAAGUCUCAUGGUUUAUCAGUUGCAAGAAUUCACAUCCAUGACUGGCUUAUAUUGCUUCUGCUUCUUGUUAUAUGUAUAGUUCUUUAUGUCAUCGGUCCAUUUCAUCGGUUUGUUGGGAAGGAUAUGUUGACUGAUCUGAAAUAUCCAAUGAAAGAUAAUACAGUCCCAGGGUGGUCCAUUCCUCUAUAUGCAGUUGUAUUGCCUAUUAUCAUCUUCGUUUUCAUCUAUGUUCGGAAGAGGGACAUUUAUGAUCUGCACCACAGCAUUUUAGGGCUCUUAUAUGCCAUGCUAAUUACAGCUGUAAUAACUGAAGCCAUCAAGAAUGGAGUAGGACGUCCUCGACCAGACUUUUUCUGGCGUUGCUUUCCUGAUGGUAAAGAUGAGUAUGAUCGGUGGGGAAACGUGAAAUGUCAUGGUAAAGAAAGUGAUAUUAAGGAAGGACAUAAGAGUUUCCCAAGUGGGCAUACAAGUGGUUCAUUUGCUGGUCUCGGGUUUCUAUCGUUGUAUUUAGCAGGGAAGAUUAAAGCAUUUGAUCGACGAGGGCAUGUGGCUAAACUAUGCAUAGUUCUUCUUCCUCUCCUAGUGGCAUCUCUUGUUGGGAUCUCACGUGUGGAUGACUACUGGCAUCAUUGGCAAGAUGUGUUCGCCGGAGGACUGAUAGGUCUUUUGGUUGCAACGUUCUGUUAUCUGCAGUUCUUCCCAGCUCCAUACCAUACUGAAGGAUGGGGGCCAUAUGCAUAUUUCCGGGCAGUGGAGGAGGUCCGUAGUAGCAGACAACACGUCCAGCCUACUAACGGAGGAGUAGAGGUAGAACGUCCCGAGGUACAACUAAAUCAGCAAUCUGGUACAACUACCAAUUCUACUGAGGAUGUGGAGUAUGGCAGAAUGUGAAGACAUAGACAUUGUACUCUUAUGUAUGAACAAAUUAUUCAUACAUAUCAAAUAGCAACUAAGAGACCCAUAGCUAAAAUAGUGGCUCCGCCCCUGAUUGUGAAGGAGCUCGAGGCUACUAAGAGGCCUCGAGAUACAUGCUCAUAGUAAUAGUAACUAGUCGAUAUGAACGUGUGUUGCACGUUAUUUCCUGUCAAUAAUCACAUUAUGUAAACUAAGUAUAUUUGGUUCUCCCUUUGAUUAGAAGAUCGAAUAUUAUUUAACAACAUGAUCAAUUAUGAAUUUCUACUCUCUACUA